AUCAGGCGGUUGUCAGCAUCGCGCCUGUUCACGAUGGCGGUCCUCGUAAUUGUUAUCAUAAUCGCUAUCGCCUUUGUUAUAAGGUUCUAUGAGAAAAGUACAAAUGCCAUAUGCCAAUCUCAGAAGAAGCUCGACGGGAGAGUUGCUAUAGUGACUGGAGGAACAUGCGGGAUGGGACUGGAAAUCGCCAAAGAAUUUGCGCGUCGUGGAGCUAAGGUUAUAAUCGCUUGUCCUUUUAACGAAGAAGGAAUUAACGCGAGGAAGGAAAUCAUUGAACUAACUGGAAAUAACGAUAUUGUCUUCAAACUUAUGGACCUAUCAUCUAUAGAUUCAGUUAAAAAAUUCGCUGCAGGCAUUUUAAAAUCUGAAGAUAGACUUGACAUCUUGGUCAACAACGCUGGUGUUGGUGUCCCCAACGACUUCACUACUGCUGACGGAAUGAGUUUCAUCAUGCAAGUAAAUUAUUUUGGACAUUUUCUACUAUCUCUUCUGCUACUUCCGUUGCUGAUGAAGACAGGAAAAUCAUCAGAUCCAGCGAGGAUAGUAAACACUUCAUCAGUCAUGCAUCAUUUUGGUAUGGUCGACAUGGAUACAUUGAAUAAAACCGACUAUUGGAUAAAAAGUCUAAUUUAUUCCAAAAGCAAGAUAUGCUUAGUGUUAUUUGCUCAUGAGUUCACGAAAAGACUGAAAGGAUACAAUGUGGUUAUAAAUAGUGUUGACCCUGGAGCUGUCGGAACUGGAAUUUUCAACAGUGCUGGUAAAUUACGUGGUAUGUUACUAAAGUUUUUGUGCCUCUAUUUGUACAAGACUCCUUACGAAGGUGCUCAGACUGCGAUUCACGUGGCGUUAGACCAGGAAGCGGGAUCAGUUAGUGGACAUUUUUUCAAGAACUGUAAAAAGACUCGAGCUGUUUUUUGGGCAUACAAUAACAAGGUCGCGAGACAACUUUUCGAGGAAUCUGUGAGACUUGUAAAGUUAAAUCAGGAAGAUGUUGAUAAUUGUUUCAAAUCUUUGUGAAGUGUAUUGCGUAGGAAGUAUAAAAAUGGUGUUUGUGAUAAUUAAUAACCGUUAUAUUUAUUCUAUAGUUUGCGUCAUUUAUCUGAUUCAUUGGCCCGACUUUCAUACCGAAGGCACAAUUCGACAGCGACCAAUGAUCGAUUCCUAUGAAUCUGUCUCAAUUUUGUCGUCGCUUAAUAUAAUCAAAGCCAACGACAGAAAUAAUGCGAAAUUGAGGUUAAUCACUCUGUGAAUGUAUGUGUUGUUUAUAUCACAUUGUUGUUGUUAUUAUAUCAUAAUAAAUUAUAAUUAUUUAUUAUUAAUUUAUUGUCAUUUUAAUGAUCUGUUUGUGCAUAAAUGGAAAAUUUUCAAAUAUUAUGGUAUGAUUUACGUUACAAUAACAUACUAAUUCAUAUUAAAACUAAUAUUUAA